UUAAUGGUCAAAAGUUCAAACAUGACCUUCUAUAUAGAGCCGUCAUUGCUACGCAACGAUUUCCGAGUUCUGAACGCGGUAGUGACUCAGUUUUGAAAUCGGUGUUCUGUGAAAGCCAUGGCUUCGAGCAGCUUGAUCCCCACGAAGCUCGAUUAUUUCGACGACAUGUGGAAGCUCCAGUCCAAAGCCACAGUGCUGUCUUUAUCCAAAGGUGAAGAUGGACGAACCGCUUUGGUAUUGGACCGUACGAUUUUCCAUCCACAAGGUGGUGGCCAACCUGCCGACACAGGCUUCAUCGCCGUCGCAGAUUCCUGUCUCAAAUUCGUAGCAGAAGAUGUACGGUCAAAAGACGGAAUAGUUUACCACUACGGUUUUGUUGAAAAUUCUGUUGAGGAAAUGGAAUCAAAAUUUGAGAAAGGGAAAGAGGUGUUCUUGCGUGUUGAUGAGGCUAGGCGCAAGCUAAAUUCUAGGCUUCACUCAGCUGGGCAUUUGCUGGAUGCAUGUAUGAGAAAUGUGGGAUUGGGUGAUUUAGAGCCAACCAAAGGCUACCAUUUCCCUCAGGGGCCAUAUGUGGAAUACAAAGGCACCGUUCCACAAAAAGAUAUGGAAAGUAAGCAAAAGGAGUUGGAGCUAGAAGCUAAUGCAUUAAUAUCUAGAGGAGGGAAAGUUUCUGCUGCCUUGUUACCAUAUGAAGAAGCGUGUAAACUGUGUGGUGAUUUCCUUCCCGAUUACAUUCCCAAGAGCAGCACUCCUCGCAUUGUGAAGCUAGGGGACAGUCCUGGCUGUCCGUGUGGUGGUACCCAUGUUUCUGAUAUUUCAGAGAUCAAGAGUCUUACGGUUUCUCAAAUACGAACAAAGAAAGGAUCCACAAAGGUCUUUUACAAUGUUGGGUCCUAAUUCUUGGUGUAACAUUUUACACCCUCAUCGAUACAAAGGUCUGGAACUACUAAAAUGUGACGUAUUUUUGGAUGAGCUAGCUGUUGUGUGUUGAUAGUCAAUUGACAAUAUGACUUUUGAAAAGGUGAAGCAGUGCUUGUAUUUUGUUUAUAUACAUAGAACUCAUCGUUUAUUUUAUGUGGAUAUUAAUGUGGAAAGCCUCAAAUGGAUAAUAAGGUUCAAGGUACAUGAUUUGUAAAGUUGAAAAAAAAGUUCCGGGUUAUUCGCAGCAAUGGUCCCUCAACUAUACCCGUAGUUACACUUUGGUCCAUCAAUUCAAUUAUUAGUUGCGGGGGUCACUCAACUCUGUGUUCCGUUGCACCAGUAGUCCUUCCGUCAAGUCUGUUAGUUUUUUCCGUUUAAAAUGAUGACGUGGCAAGUAUCUGUGAGAAUCUCAUAGAUUCGUGAGGGGCAAAUCUGACUUUUCAGUUAGCCUUCUUCACCUUAGCAGCCUCCAACCCUGCCAUCGUAACCUCCAAUCUCCCCCACCUUAGCCGCCUCCAAGCCUUCAGACCCAGCUCAGUCGUUCAAGGGCUGGUCUGCAGUUUUCGUGUUGUGCUCAUUCUGCAGUUUUCAAUUUGGGGGUUUGUUUCACUCCCGACACAUGACAAAUUCUCCACCGUCAGAUUCCAUCUCAACAAGCACAGAUCCAAAACCAUUGGUGUAGAACAAUGGCGAAA